UCUUUCUGACAGGUAGCUAGCCACGGAAGCGGAAAUUUCCGCCCCUGUCGGAAAUAGCACUAUUAUUGCAUCUCCCAGCUACUCGUCUUACCUCUCCAAGGACCUCAGUUUGACCCUCUGAUGUAAAGACCAGAUGUUAUCCUAAGGAAAGGUUCAUGGAUUGAGCAUCCUGUAAAAAGGAACAUUUAUCAACAAUAGCCAUCUCCCUGCAAUAGUAAUAACUACAGACAUAUUUUAAAGCUCUUUGUAAGGCAACACAUCCAGCACAAUGACACAGUCAAUGAUACGUAGAACACUGAAGAACCUUGUGCAGAAUUACUCUGAGGCUGAGGUGAAGGUGAGGGAGGCAACCUCCAAUGACCCCUGGGGGCCAUCCAGCUCACAGAUGGCAGACAUAUCAGAUCUGACAUACAAUGUAGUAGCCUGUGGUGAAAUUAUGGGCAUGUUAUGGAAGCGGCUCAAUGAUGACAAGAACUGGAGGCAUGUCUACAAGUCUUUAACACUGCUGGAGUAUCUACUGAAAACUGGUUCUGAACGUAUUCCGAAGCAGAGUCAAGAGAACAUUCAUAUUAUCAAACCUCUGUUAGAGUUUCGCUUCAUAGACAAGGAUGGGAAAGACCAGGGUGUGAAUGUCAGGGAGAAAGCCAAGAUGGUACUGGCUCUUAUACAAGAUGAGGAGAAACGGAAAGAGGAGAGGGAGUGUGCUAUGAAGACUAAGGACAAGUUGGCAUCUGGCACCUCAGACUCAAGUGACAAAGCAAAGGCUGAGGUUCCUGCAUAUACAGGGCUACCAUCCUUGGACAACAUCCCCUCCGUAGCUGAUCUAACAGCCUCUAUGGCAAAGAAGAAGGAGGAGCAGAGACGCCUGGAGGAAGAAAGGAAAGAGACAGAGAGGCGGGCAAAAGAAGGUGAAAAAGAACCUGACCUGUGGGAGCAGGCGGCACCGAAGGCUGUGCCAUCCAGUUCUGAUCCCUGGGGAGCUCCGUCUGGUGUACAAAAAGGCACUGGCUGUGCCAGCAAUGAUCCCUGGGGGGCGCCAUCAAGUGAUUCCAAAGAUUCAGGUCCGGUUUCUGUUGAUCCUUGGGGUGGGUUAGUGGAUGGAAAAAAAGACUCAGCCACAGCUUCUGGGGAUCCAUGGGGUGGUUCAGCCAUGGCUGAGAAACAAUCACCACCUGCCCAGAAUGAGCCAUGGGGUGACACUGCACAGCCUACAGAAAACAAAGAUCCAGCUUCUACAGACCCCUGGGGCACAUCCAGCGACUUACUAGAAGAUUCCCAACAGACAAAGGCAGAUCCCUGGGGGACACUGCCUCAGCCACCCACAGCGAAGAUAGACCCAUGGGGUGGGGAUGGCGGAAUCUCAGCGGUGUCAACCACUGAUCCAUUCGGAGAUGGGGCUAAAGUUGAUAAUCCAUGGGGCACAUCUGGUUCUUCACCACUUUCUGCUAAUGACCCCUGGGGUGCCCCACCAGCUCCAACUAAUACUACAGUUGACCCCUUUGGCAAUGGAGGGAUCUCAGAUUCCUGGACAGCUCCUACAGAGAGCAGGACCAAUGGAACAGGUGACCUUGCUUCAGCUGUACCACCUGAAGACUCCAAAAAACCACCUAGUUUCCUUGGGGAAGGAGCCUCACUGGUGGACCUUGACUCUCUCAUGUCUGUCAAACCCAAACAAAAACAGCUCCCUCUUAGUGCCCUUUCAGCCUCUGGCCAAAAGGCACAGGGUAAGGAGGGCUAAGGCAGAAAGAGUGAUGGAUAAAAAGGAAAGAGAAAAUCAGAUAUCAAAUUAUCCUUUGUAAUUUUGAACCAUACAGCUGAUAUUACGUGGAUAGUUGCCAUUGUAGGAUUUGUCCUCAUUUUUUAAAGUGUAACCCUCUUUCCAUCUCCUCUGUGUGUGCUCAACCCUACAUUUCCUUCUCCUCCUCCCUCCACCUGCUUUCUUUUGCAUUCCUUUUUGCUUCCCAGGUAUUUUUCCCUCCCCUAAGCCUCAUGAUUGCAUCAUAACUAACAAUAACACAGAUAUAUUCACCACUUCCAUCUACCCAGAAUCUAUUUGCUUUGGUCCCCAUGACUGUUAGUUCUGUCCUUGCACACCUCGACCCUGCCCACGGGACACCAGACGCCCAGAUGGCACCCACUGUACAUGGGACUUCCCAUAAUGGUCUAGGUUUGGCCCCCAUGUCUGUUCCUUAUUCCCUUGCCCCCCUAAACCCUAAUCCCAUGAAACCAGAAGCCCACAUGGCACCAACUGCACAAGUGACUACCCAGAACAUUUUUGUUUUGGUCCCUGUAACUGUUCCCUCUUCCCUUGCCCCCAUCAACCCAACCCCUGGAGCACCAGAAACCCACAUGGCACCUACUGCUCUCGGAACUACCCUCACUGGGUUCAACUUGUCUGGAAAGGAUUUUCCAUUGGCUCAUGCCUCUAUGCAACCUGGAGUGAUGCCAUUCAGCACUAUGGGGCCUCCUAUUGAUGGAAUGCCACCUUUAUCACUUGGGGAGGCAGCUGCUCAUCCAGUGGGAGUUAGACCUGGCGUCCCUGAGCAGCCACUGUUUGGGGUACAGAAAUUGGGGAUUCCACAGGGGGGAAUAAAGACUCUCUUUUUUUGAGUUUUUCAAUAAUUAUCCGUCACCACCCACCUUUCAUAUGGUCUCAUACCAGCCUCUAACCUAAAACCCACUGUGUAUGUGCGUGUGGGAAAGCCUAUUUACAAUCAUUAAGCGGCAAUAUACUGAAUGUGUUGUCUUUAUUCACUUUAUAGGAGAAAAUAAGCAUGCAUAUAUCGAACAUAUCCAGAAAGGUGGUGUGAGAACAAUGGUAGCGUUUGGUUGAUUGUUUAUGUUCUAGUGUAAACUAUGGUUAUGUUGUGGUGUUCAUCUGAUAUUUUUGAAUAGUACUUUUAUCUGAUGGGUACAGUCGUAAGUUAUAAAACAUUUUCACAUGCAAAUCACAAAAAGGAACGAGUAUUUUAUGAAGCUGUUGGUUCAAAUAUUAAUGAAAGUAAUCACAUCACAAAUUGAUUGAAAAUUUGACAAAUUGAUAAAAAAAUAAUAUAAACUUGAGUAUAGUACAUUUAGUGAAAGCCAAAAUGUUUUAAUCAAAGCUUGCUUUGUUCUGUAGUUUACAUUCCGUUAUUUUUGGACAGUACAUUCUGUAGAUGCUUUAGGUAUGCUUAACCUACUAUUUAGCUGCCUAAUAGGUUUACAGUCAAAAUUAAGUUGAAAUGUACACAUUUUGGACUGCUGUAAUCAGGAUUUAAUCAAAUGACUACCAGAGUCUUGUACCUUAUGUAUGACAUCAGGCUGCGUACUACUCAGAAAUGACUAAGGAAUAGUGACCUAUUAGCUAAACCUGUUGAGUAGGGAUACCUAAUAAACAUGCUGCAGCGUGCAUGUUUGCUCUUUGGCUGACAAAAUGCUCAUUUUAUUUUUGUUUAGUAUUCUUAUAUAAUUUCACUUGGCUAUUCACAUUUCAUCAAAAAAGUACUUAAAUACUGAACUGAAGUGUUGAAAAGGAUGGAGCACAAAUUAUGAAAAAUGGUCUAAUCCUUCCAAUUCAAUGUCAAAAUAUUGGUGAAGGGAGCUUAUAACCAAUAUAUGUCAUGUUUGUGUUAUGUAUUUAUUUAUUUAUGUAUGUAUUUAUUUAUUUAUUUAUUUAAUCUCUUCUAUUGCUCUUAUGAUGCAGGACAAGUAAUUUUACUGUCAUGUAAUGAAAUGAAAAUGAAAUAAUUGAAAAACACAUGACUGAAAGGAAGACAGUCAUCCUCUGUAUUUUCCUACAGUAUUUUUCCCCCACUAAGCAGUAAUGUAAUUACAAGUUUGAUUAUAAUUUUAUUUUUAAUUGCAAAUCAAUAUAUUUAUUCAGCCAUUAUGUUUGGGUGUAAUGUUUCUUGUGAAUGUGUGUAUUAGAAAAAUAAAAUGAAGAAACAGUUCUGGUCUAAUUCAGCAAA